AAAUGUUAUAUUACUAUCGUAAUAAUCGAAAUAAUAUGUACUAGAUUAUAUAUAAAUUAACAAUGAGUUCCAAUAAGAGAAAGAUACUCGCAUUGGACAUAUCCGACGAGGAUGAUAAUUUCAAACAUCGUCGUAGUUCUCUGAAAGUCAAUCUGAGUUAUAGUGAGAAUUUAACAGAUUCUGGCAACGGUUCUCUCUGGAAAACAGAGAUCGAGAACAAUGAGCAAGAGCUGGAUGCAGCAAAGAUAAAUAGAGACAAGACUACAUGUAAAAAGAAUCGUCCUAAUCUUGACAACGAGCAUAUGCGAGCUGUAAGUGAUAUGAAUAAGUGUGUUUUAGAUAACAAUAAUAAAAUGUCUGUUCAGAUCAAGGAAGGAAUCCAGUUAAAACAUCUUACGAUAAAUCUAGAGGAUAUAAGCAUCAAGGAAUACCAUCUUGAAACAAGCUGCAAGCAUUUGAAAGAUCUGAUCUUGUCCAAGACCAAGAAGAUAUUUGAUAAGCAGAAUGAGUUUUCGAUAAAAACUGCAAUGGUGUUAGGAAAUGAGGUAAAUCACUUUGAAAGUAAUAUAAAUGAUUUAAAUAUUGGAAACAAAUCAGUUCUGGACACAAUUGAUCAUCAUUUGAAAGAGAAAGCAGUUGAGGAAUAUAAACAAUAUACUGAUACUUCAAGUAAUCAACAAAGAGAGGAUAACUAUUCCAAUAUCAUUGCUACGCCAACAAACAGUAAUGGAUGGAGAAAGUUAGAGAAAACUGUGGACAAAUCUAGAUUAACUCAAAGACGAUUGUUUGUUGAGAACAAACGAGUAGAAGAGCAAGUGAAAUGUAGAAUUAUCAAAGACAUUGUUUUGAAGAAAAGUCUUCCAUUGCUUUCCUUAAGGCAAAUGGAUCAAAACUGCAGUCCUAUAUUAAGUGGUAGUAACAGAAGACUCAGUUUGUUAAAAACAAAUUCUAAAUUGUAUGCACAAAGUCAGUUUAAAAAUCACAAUAACACAUGUUCAAUUCUACAGUCUAGUCAGAAUAUAGAUGUAGGAAUGCCUGUCAUCUGCUCCACUUUCAUUGAGGACAAAGCGAUUGAUGAAAGAAAAAUUAACAAUGAUGUGGAUAUGUCUAAUACCACGACAAAUAAAGUAAUAUCUAUGGAGAUGACAGAGAUUCAUAAUGGUAUUCAAAUAAGCAAGGAACAUUUCUUAGGUACAAGUUCAAAUAAAAACACAGUUGCAUCAAAAUUAGAAAACAUUCAGCAUCCUAUAAACAAAGUUACUAUACAAAAUAAUAUUGUAUAUUCUGAUUUAUCUUGUGCAGAUAAAAAAAAUGAUCAAAAUGCAGCGAAUGUGCAUACAGAUACAAUUAUACCUAUGCAGAUGUCAAUUGAGGAAGCUGUUAGAAAAGCACAUGAUACAUUGCAGACACAUGAAUACAACAAGAAGGCAAAAUGUCAAGACGAGAGACGACAGAUAUUAUAUCUAUCUGACAGCAAUAACAUGAAUCGGUCAUCCUUGAAUGUGAACACUUCAUUAGAUGCAGUGAUUGAAAUUAGGAAAGUGAGAGAUAGUCAGAAACCAAGUGAUUACAAAACAAACAUCACCAAUCGAGAGUCUGAAUCAAGAAUUUAUGAUAAAGAAUUAAUGAUUAAUCAACAUGAAAACGCAAAUACCAUUCAAACCUCAUUGCAAAUGAAUACAUCGAUAGAUUCUACAAGCAAAACAUGGCAAAGAGGAAGUAAUUAUCUCAGUAAACAAUCACAGAUCACGAAUGAUAAUGAUAAAAAUCAAGAUCUAAAUAUGGAUAAAAAAUCGUCAGAAACAGAAAACGGAAAAAGAAAUAAUAUAGAUUUUUUGGAAAACAUUAGUUUAAUGGAGAGAUUAAGAAACAUCUCUAUGAGAAACCAGAUUUUUUAUGAUGAUAAAUCCAGAGUUUCUAAAAUGAAGAAUAAAGAUAAAAGAAGCAUGAAUAGCACUGAAGAUAACUAUAGUUGUAUUGAGGGAACGCCGUAUCCAAUAAAUCGCUCGUACUUAUUUAAAUCACAGUUAAAACAUAAAACACAAAAUUUGGGUGAUACAGCAGUCUGUAGCAGCAACUUGAUGAAUGAUGAAAAGAGCAAUAAAAUUAAAUCAGUUGCUUUGCAUUCAAAAAGUGUAAAUAAAACACAUGUGUCGACUGGAAUGCAGGAAACAGUACAAGCUGACGCAGUUAUUUUAGAAAAUAUAUCCAACUGUAAUCCUUUUGUUACUCAAAAUCAGUUGAUGGUCAUAGAAAAUAUGCUUAAUGAAACAAAGUCCGAAACAGAAAAGAAUACAAUUAUUUCGGAAAACAUGGAAUGCAUUCCUGUACCAAAAAGUAAAAGAAAAUUGUUGUCACUUGAAGAAAAUUCUCAGUUGUGUUCAAUUACUCCGAUAGAUGAAAAAAGAUGCAUAUCUGAGGAACCAACAUCUAUAAAACGAAAUAAAGGGAUAAAGAAAAAAUAUCCGAAAAGAAAGUCGAUACAUUCCAAGAAUGAUACAAGUAACAUCAAGCGUAAUAUCAUAAAGAAACAAAUGUGGUCGGACAGUGAUCGUGAUGCAUCUGAGAAUAAAAGAAAGGAAAACAAAAAAACGCGACAACCGAGGAAGGUUAUUAGCAAGAAGAUUCGCAUCAAGAAAUUCGUCGAUGAAAAUAUGUUGAAUAUAUUACAAGGAAAUGAACAAAAUGAGGAAGAUUGUUCAAUAGAAAAUAGAGAUUCUUCAAACGAUUUCGUGAAGCAUUAUACAAUAUCUAAUCAAUGGAAUAAACACAAGUCCCAAAAGAUUGUCAUCGUAACAACUGGUUUAUCGAAAGAAGAUAAAAGUUUGGUAAAAAGCAUUGUCAAGUUUCUUGGCGCGGCGGAAGUGGAAUUGAAUGUGUCAAGACGGACGACUCACGUUGUGAGUACGGGUGUGCGUACCGUGAACCUGCUUCGUGGAAUAAUUAGGGGCUGCUGGCUUGUUACUCUGGAAUGGAUCUUGAAAUCCUUAGAAAAUAAUGCGUGGUUAAAUCCAGAUAUGUUUGAAAUGAAACAUUUCUCUAAAGCUGUACAGGAAAAUCGGAAGGAUAGGCAAUUAUUUGGAAAUUCAUAUAUCCCAGAAUUAUUCACUGCGUGUGGAUUCAUAUACGUUGAAGGUAAAACUACAGUACCGUGUGAUACACUUAAGGAACUUAUAAAAACAGCAGGCGGGCACAUUACGGAGAAUAUCAAGUUUGCGAAAAUUAUUAUUGGCGCAAAUGGUUUAAAAGAGACCUGGGUUAUCGAUUCUAUUACGACAGGUGAAUUACAAUUGACUAAGCUUUAUCAACGAAGAUGAAAUAGAUAAGCAGAAAAUAUAGCAUGUCUAAAUUUCAGAUUUAUACAAUUGUUAUAGUACAAAAAAUAUUUGUAUAUUCAAGAAUUAUUUUUUUAUACUAUUUUUACAUAAAUCAUAUAGAAAGUAUUUAUCUAUAUAAUAUUGAAUACUGUUACAUACAUAGGGUGUCUAAAAAAUCACCUAAAUAUUUCCUUUAGUUUUGAUGAUACGAAAAAAUAUAUUUGAUAGUAACUAAAAGACGAAUACGCUGUAAAGAAUUUUUUUGUUCCGAAGUAAUUUUUUUAAAAGUUUCCAACAUCAUUAGUAUUUUUUUCCUCCAUAUAAGUUUAAUGUAAAUUUUUUCCUUAUUAUAACUGGCCUUAAAAUGCAUUAGAGAUGUAUAAUGACAUGAUUUUUGACUUCCAAAAA